AUGUGGAGAAGUGGAGAUGCAAUCGAGGAUUAUGCAGAGAAAGAGAAGGCUGCAGCAAAAGCUCUGGAGGAUGUGAAGGCUAACUUCUAUUGUGAAUUAUGUGAUAAACAGUAUCUUAAACACCAGGAAUUUGACAACCACAUCAAUUCGUAUGACCAUGCUCACAAGCAGAGGUUGAAAGAUUUAAAGCAAAGGGAAUUUGCCAGAAAUGUGGCAUCAAAGUCGUGGAAAGAUGAGAAAAAACAGGAAAAAGCACUCAAGCGACUCCAUCAGCUUGCUGAGUUACGGAAGCAGUCAGAAUGCAUCACAGGAAGUAGACCAGUGCUUAAAACUCCCAGACUGGUUGUGGAAAAGCAGCAACUGCAAGAAGGAAUUUUCCUAGAUAAAGAUGACAAAAUCUCAGUAAGGCCCAUGUGUGAAGGACAAAUUCUCCCUGGAAGCACUGUAGAGAAAGAACAACAGGAGCUCACAGCAAGCAGACACCAAGCACGUACUGAGAAAGUUUAUUCACUUGGAAAUCAGGUCUUGCAAGUGUUCCCAGAUGGCACCAAUGCUAGUCACAGGACAGGAGUGUCUUUCUCUUUCUCUAAAAAAGUCCCUUUGAAGUUAGAGUCAUCAGCAUCAGUUUUCAGUGAAAACAAUGAAGAAGCAUAUGAUUGCAGUGAAUCACCCAACCAUAAAACAAAGCAAUCUCCUGAGAGCUGUCAUUCUUGCACACUUGUGGCUGAGGAUACAAACGCAGGUGUGGAGAAAGGGUUAAAUAUUCCUCAAGGUCAUGCAGAUAUUGCAGGUAAUAUAGCUGCACAGACAAAAAUACUAAAGGAAAAUGAUCAAAGCAGUGACAAAGAAUUAGAAGAAACAUUCAAUGCUCAUCCUUUAUUUCCCAAAACCAAAACACAUAUUUCAAGUCUAGAUUUUACUGGAACCCUAAGAGAAACAGAACAAGAAAGUCAGCUGAAUGAGUCUGACAAACCCCUAGAAACUCUCAUUUCACCUUUAUGCCAAACUAGCAAGCUUUGUACACAGAAGAACACUUAUAAGCACAGUGGUACCACAUUAGCUAAUAAUAAUGUAGCUGAGUUCCCACCACAGCAAACAGCUGAGUAUGCAUAUGCAAGUGAAUUACAUUGCAAUCUUAGUACAGUCGAAAGCGAGACAUCCUUUGAGAGUUUAGGAACCGCAAGUGGGAACAUGGAAACGCUUGCAAGGGAGGAAGCAGUUCAAGAUAUUAAGCCCAAAGCCCUGUCAUUUCUUCAUGUGAUAAGCAAAGAUGGCAGCACCGCCCUUCAGUGGCCCACAGAACUACUCUUGUUUACAAAAACGGAACCCUGUAUUUCCUAUGGCUGUAAUCCAUUGUAUUUUGACUUCAGACUCUCUUUAAAUCACAGAGAUGGGAAGCAACCCACAACAAACAAAGCAAGCUGUAACAAGCACUCUACAAAUGUGAGUGCAGAUGAAAAUGAAGCCUCAGGUUUAAUAAAAGACAAGCAACUGUCAAAUGAACAAGAUAAUCAGUCAUUGAAACCAAAGAAGAUGAAAGGUUCUCCAAGCCCUCGAAAGGCUGAGCAAAAAGCUGAUUCAGACAGAGGAAAAGAAAUGAAUGGAAAUGGUCAAAAGUACGUUUCAGAUGAUUUGAAUGAAAAUAUACCCAAAGUGCCUGCUUACCUUGAUGUCUCACAAAAGGAUUAUCUGAGAGAAAAAAUUCUGGAUGCAACAUCACCUGGGAGAUCUUUAAAGCCCCAUUUCCAUAUCUGUGAAAGAAAAAAACACAGCAUUGGAAAUGAAAGCAUUUCCUUUUCUGCCUUUACGUCUAGGACUAAAAAACAUAAAGCUACAAAAUGUGGUUUAAUUUAUUCUGAAGAAAAACUUGAAAACCAAAACAAUUACAAAUCCAUUGAAAACUUACCUGGAGGCAGCAGUGACAUAAGUGACAAUGGAAGAGACUGUACUGGAAGUUUCCUUUGUUCUAAAGCAAGUUCUCAUAUCAGGUAUUCAGAAAACGAAGAUGAUGGAAGUUAUGCAAGAUGCUGGCGGUUCUCACCUUCACAGAAGUCAUCUUCUGAUGGACAUUCUAGCUAUUCUGACAGCUCCAUCAGCAGUACAAUUAGCUACCUAAGCAGCUCCUCUAGUCACAGAUCAAACAAUCACAGUAGAAGUCAUUUGCUCUUUUGUUGUAAAAGAAAAAAUAAGACGGUUGAAAGGCACAAGUGUAAACACAGAAAGCACAACUGUAUUUCCUCUUCUGAUGAUGCAGAGGAGGAUUACUCCUUUCACACUGCAAGUCUAAGAACUAGAAACUGCACACAGAGGGAUACAGUUAAAUAUCAGAAGCAUUCAAGACCUAAAGGUUUUCACCAUCCAGACAGAUCAAAGCAAAGCAGGAACAGACACCGAUAUUCUGGCAGAAAACACACCCAGAGUAGAAGCUACCAUUGCUCCAAACGUUUUUCUACCAGGGAUUCAAGAAGCAGUGAAAGAUCAUCCAGUGGCAGAAGAUCAAGAAGCAGCAGUUCAGGAUCAUUCUCAAGGCAGGCUGUCUAUCUGAACAAAAGGAAAGCAGAUACAGAGAGAGAGAAUUACACUGCAUCAGGAAAAGUUGAAUCUACAUGUUCUGACUCUCAGAAUGCAAGAUGCCCAUCACAAGUCUUUGAUGUUGGCUCUUCUGACACAGUAGGAGAAAGAAAGUCAUUGACAGCCAGGCUAUUUCUAGAACAAGUGCACUCCAAGAAAAACCAGGAACAAGCACAUGAUUCGGAGGGAUUUCUAAACAAUUGUAGGGCAGAACUGAAGGACCACUCACAAAGUCACUUUGCUAUUAAAUUUCCAUCAUCAAUAGAUGAUGCAGAAAUGUUAUCUUUGCCUGAAGAAGCCCUACCUAUAGGUAAAAACGAAGUACGGAAAACUGAAAUCUGUUCGUUGGAAAACACCUCAGAGAAAGAUAACUUUGAAACUUCGCAGAUAAAUAAUGUUACUCUUACAUCAGGUAGCGAUUAUGAUAAUUGUCUUUUUAAAGACAUCAUUCAAAUAGGAAUAGGCCAUCAGGCUCCAAACUUAAAAAUGAACACAGCAAUAAAGGAUCAAUCAAAUAUUUUAAUUAGUGAAGUACAACCCUUUAUACAAAGCUGUGACCCAGUACCAAAUGAUUUCCCUGGUGCUUUUCCUUCUAACAGAUAUUCUCUUGUGGCUAAUUCAAUAGAGACCAAAGAAGAACUGCAUGAUGUAAGCAUGAACUUGAAUCGAGUAGAAAGUAAUUUAAAUUCUUAUUUUGACAGUGCUAUGCAUAAAUAUGAUGAAUCAAAAAAUGAUUUAGAAGUGUAUAGUAAAUCCAUCUCUCCUCCUCCUCUAACUCAGAAGCCUAUAACUUUUUCCCCAGAUGAAAUAGACAAGUACAGGUUACUUCAGCUGCAAGCCCAGCAGCAUAUGCAGAAACAAAUCCUAGCAAAGCAUCUUAAAGUUUUGCCUGCCACAGGACCAGCUGCCUUCUCUGCUACACCAGCAGUUCAAUCUGUUCCUGUCCAGCAACAUGCUUCUCUCACUACCAUACAUCAUACACUUCUGCAACGCUUUGCUGUCUCAACUUCCGUACAUCCCCACAGCAGCCAUCUUUCUCUGGCCCACAUUCAUCCCCUCUCUCAAUCGCAUUUCACUCCUAUAUCUCUUUCACCUUUUGCUCCAGCCAUCAUUCCCACUCACCCUACCCUACUAACAGGGCACCCACUACAGCUCAUCUCCACCACCCCCAUUCACCCUUCUCCCAUGACCCUCCCAUCAUUGCCACACACUGCAUUUAUCCCUACCUUAUUGACUCCCCACCUGAAUGCAGCUGCAGCUUCUGCAAUUCAUCUGAAUCCAUUCAUUUAUCCAUUGUUUCAAGGGCAAGAUUUUCACCACCAUUCUUGCUCUAGCCAGACCCAACAGUUACCUGCAAUGAAAGAAGUUUUCAGCAUUUCUGGUUAUCUAAACUAGCAAAACUAUUACUCCUUAGUUCCAGAAAUCAGUUUGAAAGAAAAUUAUUUUUCAGUCUUCAAACAUACAUCUUAAGAGAAGCCUAUGAUUAUGUUCAGAGCACAUCAGCAAUAUUUAAAUGUCAAGACUGUGGCUGACAGCAUAUGAAUGUUGAUUUGGUUUUCAUACUACUGAGUAAAAGCAAUUUGAAUGCUUUCCACUUGAUUAGAACUAGGAGGAGAGGGUACUGCUAACUUAGUUCGGCAGAGGGUAGCUCAGUUUCAGAAGAGAUGUCUGAAGUAAAGUCUAUGAUUGAUGUUAAAACUAGAAGUACAGCAUGCAAGCAUAAUGGCCAAGUUUUCAACAAGGCUAAUGAUCAGAGGUGCUUCAAUUUUAAUGCACCCAACUUAGCAGCCUUUAAAUCUGCCUGAUUUUCAGAAGGUGAACAUGAAACACUUUCAGGAGAUCACGCCUGUUUACAGUGUCUCUAAUUGGACAAAAUUUAAAAUAGUUUCUAGAUGCUGGUGAAACUAUUGAAUAACAUAAAAAGCCUGAAAGGAGAUGAGUUACACCUGAGGCACAAUUAUCAAGACUGUUCAAUCAAAAAAACCCAGAUUCAGUAGUGAUGUUACAGCCACCACAUGUCACCUGGACAGUUGGAACAAGUUGUGAUUCGGUCACAAAAGCACAGCAAAGAAUUGCCUUGGUGUAAAGGGACUCUGUGGAACAAAAAGGUUAUGAUAUUUCUGCCUCCUUUCUGAACACCCCCACCCACCUCCACCUUCUAAUGAAGAUCCAUUAAAGACCUUAACUCACUGAUAGGCCUCAGCAGCUAUAAGGUGCAAUGUGGCUGGAGCUGGCCUUGAGACUUGGAAAGCUGCAGCUGGUGCCCUAGUCUAGCUCUAGCCCAGGAAAGACUCUUACCUAAAGAUUUUGUAAAUAUUUUUCCUACUUAAAAAAAAAUUCUACAAAAUGUUUUGUACCCCUUUCUGAGCACACGGUAAAUUGAAAAUAUGUUGAAAAGUAUAAUGUAAUAUUGGUAUUUGUUUGGCAACCAUAUCUUUACAUAGCUACCAUAAGGAAGUAAUUUUCUGUAAGUGGAUGUUGGGUAUGAAAAUGUUACCAAAAGACCAAAUUCUGCUUCUGUCCUCUGCAAUCCUGCUGAAACU